AUGUACCAACAUCAACUAUUGAACAUUGGAACAGAACGCCGAAAAGCUGUGAUACGUAAGCAAAUUGCUGAAAAUAGAACCAGGAUUAAUGCACUCUCCCAACUUACUCCCGCUACAUGGAAUCCAACGGCAAAUCCAGGGACAACACCUGUUCCUGCAGUACAACAAGGUGAGCAAAUUACAGAACCACUAUGUCAGAAUCCUAUUGGAGGUAUUCUGGUAGAUCUAGACACCACUAAACCCGACAAGUUGCUACAAAUCAUAAACUUCCUUCGGCUAGAUCCAGUUGGUGUCAAUACCUAUUCCUUUGGCGAUGGCCUAGAAUUUCGAAUUGGCCAAAAAAGGUCACUUGAGAAUGUUAGUGUAGAGGAAUUGGGAUAUGCAAACACGCGGAUAUUACAAGAAUUGAUGAAGCUUGAUCCCGAGUUCAACCCUAAUCCUUACCUAAAAUAUACAGCUUAUAUAUUUCGCCUUGCUGGUAAAUAUGUUUGGUACUCGGUUCUCCUUUACGAUAAAGAGUAUCGCGAGCGUCAGACCGUUGAGAAGUUUGAAUGGGGUGCCUGUUUGCAAGAUUUAAGGGAAUUUCAGCUCAAGAAAGAUCACCCAACGGCUUUAGCUUUGCAAGAACAGAAUUUAGCACACAACAAUACAAAACCAGUGGGAUACGGCAAACCAAGUUCCAAUUCCUAUCCGAUUAGUGUGCGCAGGAAGGGACCCUUCACGUCGGAGGGUGGAUAG